AUGUCGAGCAUCAAAGACCUCGUGGAAGAUACAUGGCAACCACUCGUAAGUUGUCAAUUCCUUAAUAUCAAUGGCGAUUAUAAAUGGGACCUUAUAGGUCAUGGUUUCCUUGAUGAUAGGGUGAAUUUAAUUGAUAGAUCUAAAGAUCAAUUCUAUA